CUUUGGAAGUAUAUUUGCCCUUUCCCACUUCCUACAGGUGUAUCUCAACACCAUUAUUGAUAUUUUCCCCUAGAUGUUGACCUGACUGAUUAUUUUGGGAGGGCUGUAUUUUCUUAUUCUUUGCAAUUUUUGGUAUAGUCUUUUCUGUCAUUCUUAGUUUUCUCAGGUGACCUUUGUCUUUUAAGGAUUUUUUCCUCCACAUUUUUAAUUGAUUUCUAUUUUUCUUUCAUUUUAGUUGAAUUCUUAAAAUACGAUUUUGGUAAUUAUGUAUUCAUUUCUCAAGAGGCAUUAUGGAAGAGUAGUUAAAAGCAUACGCUUUGGAACCAGACUGCCUAGGUUUGUAUCUUAGCUUAUCAUUUACUACCUGGUUGGCUUUGCCAAAUUUCACCAUGUAUCAAGUGUGGAUAAUUAAUGGUAUCUACCUCCUAGGGAUAUUAUGAAGACUAAAUAAUACAUGUAAAAUCCGUAGGGUAGUAUCUGACACACAGUAAACAUUCAGUAACUAUUAGUUAUUGUUAUUCUUUCUAUAACAAAAUAUUGUUCUUUAUCUUAUAUAUAGUGUCAUUGCAUUUUCUUAUUUUCAUUAAGGUAAAGGUCAGAUUACCUUCAAUAAAUUAUGCUAUCUCCACACUAUGCAAUACUAUACACCAUUAAAAGGAUGAGAUAGAUCUUUCAUAUACUGACCAGAAAAGCUAUUAAUGAUAUUUUAGAUGGUAAUUUUCAGCUCCACAUUUAUAUCAGAAUUUAAUGUUUAAAAGCUAUAUUAUAUAAAUAUAUCUUUGUGUAAACAUAAGAAAAUAUUGGAAAAAGUAUGUACUUUGGAUAAAUGGAUGGAGAAGAAAUGAGCUCUUGAACUUCUUUAUAUGAUUUAAAAAGUGGAAUUAUGGGAAUACAUAUAUACACACAUAUAUACACAUACACUUUGUACAUUUCAGUAUUUUUAAAACAUUAAAACAAAACUUUGUGUUGGAUAGACAUUCUAAUGAAAGUCUGUACACUUUGAGCUUUUUUUUUUUUUUUUUUAAAACAAACACCCAAACAGAUUUCUAAGAGUAAAGGUAGACUUUUAUUUGUCAAGUGAGUCAAGAGACAGACUAUUAAUACCUUCGAUUACUUCUUUGCAUAGGUAAGUUAAAAAGAAAUAUGUUUGUUGGUCAUAUGUGCCCUCUUGCACACAGGUAUACACAGGUGUGUGCACAUAGCCUUAAAAUGACUGAGUUAUUCUGGAAAUUGACAGUAAUUCUCAUUAGGAGAAAUGAAGAAAAGUAAGGCAAAAGGAAUAGGAUAGGAGAAAUACAUGUACAUAAAUAUAUUCCCAAAGCAGUGUUUUUCACAUUUGAAUAAUAGUUGCAAAAUAACUAUUAAUGAUGUAAUCACUAACAUUUGAGUAAUCACUGUGUACUCAGCACUGUUACAAGCACUUACACUGCUGUUUUACUGUUACACUUGUGUAUGUUUAUAUGCCCAGAAUAUGUGUGCAAUAGUUUACAUAUUUUCACAUUUUUGUGAUUGAGUAUACCAUCCUCGAUCUGUAGUCCAUCAGCCUAGAGAAAAAAACCAAUGAGUUCUGUAGUUAUUUUUAAAGGUAGAGUAUUUUUCUCAUUUCUGAUUCUUAAUUCCCUUGAAAAGUUCUAUUUGCAUAAAACCAAGAACCCCAAUCUGCAUGAUAUUUUUGUGGUUAGUUGCUAUAAAGCCAGUAUUUAAAUUUCUCUGAGUUCUCAUUUAGUAUCUGGUAUCACAAGAUGAAGAUCUUGUCAGGAGAGGGAAUAUAUAUAUAUAUAUAUGGCUCUUGGUCUUGUGCAUUUUGUGACAAAGGAAUUCCCCUCUGAAUCGCCUGUUCUUCUGAAGGCACUGGAGCCUCUGGCUCAGCAGCGCAGUUGGUCUGUGGUGUCUCUGACGUCAUCGGUGUAUGCAUAAGCCCUGCUAUUGUCUUACUGCUACAGCAGGGCUAGGGAUUGCAGUAUCCUCUGCUGCUGCUGCUGCUGCUGCUCCCCAGUCCUGCCUCACCACAUCCCAGAAGAGCCCCGUUGGCCUGCCUUUCCCUAUUGGAUUUCCAAAAGCAGCUCUUUGGUUUUGGUUUUUGGUGCUGUAGGAAACCUUGCUUUUCAGUCACACGGGAGAAUACUGAAGCUUGUAAGAGGAGAAUCUGGCAGCUGGACAGAGCUUGGACUGCAUUGUCUGUCUUCACGACCCCUGCUGUGUAGUCUCAUCUUUUCACUCUCACACGUACACUCGCCUUGAUUUUUCUUCUUUCCUUUUUUACCCCCUUUCUUCUGAUUUUUUAAAAGCAGCCUCUGGAGCCAGCCAUGUUUGGCACUGAAUCUUCAUUGAGCAUGUUUUUGAAUACGUUAACACCGAAGUUCUAUGUGGCCCUGACCGGCACUUCCUCACUAAUAUCAGGGCUUAUUUUGAUAUUUGAAUGGUGGUAUUUUCGCAAGUAUGGAACAUCAUUCAUUGAACAAGUCUCAGUAAGCCACUUGCGCCCCCUUCUGGGAGGGGUUGACAACAACUCCUCCAACAAUUCUAACUCAAGUAAUGGGGACUCAGAUUCCAACAGGCAAAGUGUCUCAGAAUGCAAAGUAUGGCGAAAUCCACUAAAUUUAUUUCGGGGCGCUGAAUAUAAUCGGUAUACUUGGGUGACAGGACGAGAACCUCUGACUUAUUAUGACAUGAAUCUCUCUGCCCAGGACCAUCAGACAUUCUUUACUUGUGACUCAGACCAUCUUCGUCCUGCAGAUGCAAUAAUGCAGAAAGCCUGGAGAGAGAGAAACCCCCAAGCUAGGAUUUCUGCAGCCCAUGAAGCCUUAGAGAUAAAUGAAAUUAGGUCCAGAGUUGAAGUUCCCCUAAUUGCUUCCUCUACCAUCUGGGAGAUAAAAUUGUUACCAAAGUGUGCAACUGCUUAUAUUCUCUUGGCUGAAGAGGAAGCAACAACUAUUGCCGAAGCAGAAAAGCUGUUUAAACAGGCCCUGAAGGCUGGAGAUGGCUGUUACCGGCGUUCUCAGCAGCUACAACAUCAUGGAUCCCAGUAUGAAGCCCAACAUAGACGAGACACCAACGUCUUGGUUUACAUCAAAAGAAGGCUAGCAAUGUGUGCCAGAAGACUUGGGAGGACCAGGGAAGCAGUAAAAAUGAUGAGAGAUUUAAUGAAGGAGUUCCCUUUGCUAAGCAUGUUCAACAUCCAUGAAAACCUUUUAGAAGCCCUUCUGGAACUACAAGCAUACGCUGAUGUUCAGGCAGUCUUAGCAAAGUAUGAUGACAUAAGCUUACCAAAGUCGGCAACAAUAUGCUACACAGCUGCCUUGCUCAAAGCAAGAGCUGUCUCCGACAAAUUCUCUCCCGAGGCUGCAUCUCGACGGGGGCUGAGCACAGCAGAGAUGAACGCAGUCGAAGCCAUUCAUAGAGCUGUGGAAUUCAAUCCUCACGUGCCAAAAGUGAGUAUGUGGAAUCCCCACAGGAACCCGUUAUAA